AUGUUCAUAUCAGAGGCUUUAGCAGGCCUAAAUGUCGUCAGCGCGAUAGCAAACCUAACAUCACGACCGCUACAGAAAUCUCUUGCCCAAUUAAAGGAUUUCAUCGAACUUGCAGCUGAAAAUGGAUACAUUGCCGAAGCACACGAAGUAGUAACCGAAGAUGGGUACAUACUGAAAAUGUUUAGAAUACCUCCUAGAAACAAUUGCACGAAAAAAGUACCAAUACUGGUAAUGCAUGGUCUCCUCCAAGGGGCCGAGGCCUUUUUAGACGCGGGACCAGAAGCGCCCGGAUACGUGUUUGCUCAAGAGUGCUACGACUCGUGGUUUGGCAACGUUCGCGGCAACUACCACUCCCGGAGGCACAUGACAUUGAAUCCGGAUAAAGACUUGAAAUUUUGGCAGUUCUCAGUCGACGAAAUAGGGAAAUAUGACAUUCCGGCUAUGGUCGACUAUGUACUUAAAGCAACAGCAAUGGAACAGUUGAUUUAUGUAGGUUAUUCUCAAGGAGGCCUGACUUAUUUUGUCAUGAACUCCGAGAGACCUGAAUAUGCCAAAAAAAUUAAACUUUUCCUCGGGUUAGCGCCGGGUUCGAGACAAUAUAACACCCGUUCACAAACGAUAAGAGUAGCAGUAAACAUUGUAAAUUCCUUAAGAGUCCGCCUAGAAGCAGUAGGAAUCUGGGAAAUCUUAUCUCAAGGUUUUCCUAUCCAAGGAGCACUGAAUACGUUGUGCUCUAUUGAGUUACUGUCAGCAAUUGUUUGUGGUUUGGGCAUAACUUUAGUGGAUUCACCUCAUCCAGGCUCUGUUACGCCUGAAAUUCAAACAAGAUUAGUCCAGCACGCUCCGGCCGGGUCUUCUAUUCAGAACUUAGCCUGGUACGGACAAUCUAUUCAUAGUCUCAAAUUCAGCAAGUUCGAUUUUGGACGCCUGAAGAAUUUGCAGCUUUAUGGAACUAGUACACCGCCGAAAUACAAUAUUGGAGCGUCGAAAUCACCGGCUGUAAUAUUUCAUGGUGAUGGAGACCACGCUGUUGAUACGAAAGACGUAGAUUGGGCUGUUAAACAACUGCCAAAAGUGUUAGAAUUCUAUGUUGUGAAAAAUCCACAGUGGAAUCAUUUAGAUAUGUGCUACAGUCGCUACUGGAAACACGAUAUAUUUGUUCCAAUGCGGAAAUAUUUAAAUCAGUACGACGGCAUUGAUAAUAGUUAA